AUGUCCCCUCGAAGGACCCUCUGCAUCAGGCACCGUGCUCCACGCGGGGCCCCCAAAGUGAAGGCCAACCAGUCCCCUGCCCUCCGGGAGCGUGCACUUUACUUUGCCAAGGGAAGAUGCAAUCACUCUUCUCCCAUUGCGGGAGCCCAUUGGGCGGCCCGCCGCGAUUGGCUCGCUCUGCGCCGGCGCACGGGGAGGAGGCCCACGGAGGGCGGGGCCUCGGCUGAAGUAGCGGCGGCCGAGGAGGAGGAGGCGGUGGGGACGGGGGGCUGGCUCGGGCGGGAGAGGCGGAGGCUGCCGCUGAUGGGAGCGGGCCGGCCCGGGGCGCCCAUGGAGCACCAAGGUAGGGCCGCCGCCUCAGCCGGCACCCCUCCGGGGCCGCCGGGCUCCGCGUCGUCCUCGUCCGGAGAGCCAGGGCCCGGGGGGCCGGCGCUGGAGCCACGGAAACGGGAGCCCGCCCGCCGCCGGGCCAGCAGCACCUCGGCCGCCUCCUCGUUGCCCUCGUCCGCCGCCGCGACCGUUGACAGCCAGUGCCGGGGAGCGGCGGGCGGCAUGAACCGGGAGCGGCCGGGCUCCUACAGCGGCGCCACGCACGCCACCCGCCAGCGCCUGGAGAGCCUCCGGAAGAAACGGCCGCUCUUUCCGUGGUUUGGCUUGGAUAUUGGUGGAACCCUGGUCAAGCUGGUUUAUUUCGAACCCAAAGAUAUCACUGCUGAAGAAGAGGAGGAGGAAGUGGAAAGUCUUAAAAGCAUUAGGAAAUACCUAACCUCAAAUGUGGCAUAUGGGUCCACUGGCAUUCGGGAUGUCCACCUUGAAUUGAAGGAUCUGACCUUGUGUGGACGCAAAGGCAAUCUGCACUUUAUACGCUUUCCUACUCAUGACAUGCCUGCUUUUAUUCAAAUGGGCAGAGAUAAAAACUUCUCAAGUCUCCACACUGUCUUUUGUGCCACUGGAGGUGGAGCAUACAAAUUUGAGCAGGAUUUUCUUACAGUAUGCAUUCUUUUAGAUUAUAUACAAUUUAUAGUUUAAUAAUUUGUUUUAAAAUAGUACCGUAGGUGAUGGUGGAAGCAUUUCCAUCUGUUUAAUUAUUUUAGGUCCUAGUCUUCUAAAUGUAGUUUUUUCAAGUCAAGUUAAAAUUAAAAUUUGACAUGAAAAUAAACUAAUAGCAAAAGUGGGAUUGUUCAAUGCAGCUUUUUGGCUUUGUUCAUGUGUGAUGGCAAGAAUCAGAGCCAUUAAUGUAUAUACUGUCUUGUUUCUUUGGUCUCUGGUGAACAUAUGAAAAAUUAAACAGGAAAAGAAAUACUUGAAAAGCAAUUUUCAAGCAGACCAUAUAUCAAUCUGUAAUCCAUGCUUCCUAGGUUAUUUCUAGAAUCAUUACCAAAUGACUCAGUGUUAUUUUAAAAAAAAUUAUUGAAAGGCAAAUAUUAAUUGAAAAAGGAUGAAUAUUGCCUGUGUCUUCAAACAAACAAGUAUCUUAAUAACAUUAGCCUACUCAGCCCAAAGUCCUGUGUUAAAAAGAAUGUAGCAAACUUAAUUGCCAUUUAAAACACCUUCUCCAUUUUUAAGUCUUGAAACUAAUGUCUUUUAAGUUAGAGCAGACAAAGAAAAGGGGAUUUAUUUGCUUUUCCUUUUGAUUCCCUGAAUGCUGUGCAUCUAAGUACUGGACUAGACCAGUGUUCUCAGUGAGUGCGGUUGGGCAUGUUAGUCUUUCUAGACAAUUGGGACUUAUUUUUGUUUUAUUUUCUGUUAUCUGAGUAAAGACAAGAAGGUGUUUGUGGGGGGGGGCGUUGAUGGUGGGGGGAAGAGAGAUCAGAAAAUACAAUAAACAGAAUCAGGAGAUCUGGAUUUUAGGUUUUGGGGAUUUUAUUCACACUUGGUCCCCUUACCUGUAAAAUGAGAGUGUUGGACUGGAUAGUUUCUAAGGACCUACCAAGUUCCCAGUAUUCUGAUUCUGUAGAAAACAAAUGUAAUGGAGGUUAGGAGUGAGGAGGUGAAUGGUUUGAGGAGGUGGCUUAGAUGCCUGUUCUUCCCUUCUUACAUUCCCCCUGAAAAACAAAAAUUUGUGGGGUUGGAUUGGCAUAGGUCUGCCACAGAGUAACAUUGGUCUAAAACUUUGGAGCUUUUCUAGAGGAGAAAUAAAGACUCAAAAUGGAGAAUA